GAGAAUCCUGUCGUAGAUGGAAUAAAGAAAUUGAGAGAAAAGCAUUCAAUCUCCUUCAUUCAAUUUUUUACUUCAUCCCUUUGAAGGAAUUCUUAAUCGAAGUCAAAGAUCAGAGUAUGUGGGGUAGGGUUGAAGUUGAACUGUGCCCUUUGAAGAUUUCCCGAUUUCUUUGUUUCCUUUUCCGCUCUGGAAUUCGAUCUAUGCAGCAAAAUUUUCACCCAAAUUUCUCUACUUUCUAUCUCCGAAUUGAAUUUCCGUUUCCAAAAUCGAUUACGAAGGGGCACAAACGGCGGAGUUGGGGAUUUGAGAUAGUGAGAAGACUCGGUUAGCGGAUUUGGGAGUCGAAUCUUUUCAACUUCUUGUGUCUCCUGCUCCUUCAGGUAUGAACAGCUCUGUUUCUUCCAGUCGUGCUACCUCUUCGAGUUGCAGUUUUAUUGGAUUGUCGGAACUACAAGACAUAUUCAUAGUAGGAGGGGUUUGAGUUAGACCCGGAGUGUGAAAUUUUAAUUUACUGGUGCUCAACUCCGUAUGCUUUAUUUUCAGUUCCUUGCAUUGGAAGAUGUCGUGGGGGAGGGGUAAAUCGCCUGGAUGGGCAGCGGUUAACCUUAAGCAACAGAAUAGUGGCCUUCAAGAUGAAAUUGACCCGGACCCAUUCCCACCAAUGUCUACCGCUCUUUCCUUUCUGCCACCCCGUGAAAACGUACACAGAGUUAAUGGUCGUUCAGGGAGAUCUUUCUCAUCGACACCCCUUCCUUCUGCCGAUUCUUUAAUGUCACCAAAAAAUUUUGGUGCAAAAAAGACCAUACCUGGUAAUUCUAGCAUUCGAAGUGGCAAGAAGUUGGUUGAAGAAUCCACUGAUGUUUUAGCCUUCUGGAAGCUUAAAGAGCUUCAUUCUUGGGCUGAUAUCAGUUUGAUUGUGGAUAUAAUGGAAGCUGUAAAUAAUAACUUCAACGAGGCGUCUAAGUUAUUAAAAACAAUGGUUUCUAGUGACAAUUUUGAGAUCAAUAAUGAGAUGAGCACCUUAGGACUGCAUUCCUCUAAUGAUGUAUCAUUGGUGAGGGGUAAAUCUCCUGGCUGGGAAGAAUAUAACCUUAAGCAACAAAAUAGAGGCCUUCAAGAUAGAAUUGAUCCGAAACCAUUCCCACCGAUGCCAAGUGCCCUUUCCUCUUUGCCACCCCGUGAAAACUUGCACGGAGUUACUGGCCGUCCAGGGAGAUCCUCCUCAUCUUCACCUCUUCCUUCUGCUGAUUCUCUAACUUCGCCAGAAAAUUACAGUGCAAAGAAAAUACUUGGUGAUUCUAGCAUUCAAAAUGGAAGGAAGGUGGUUGAAGAAACCACUGACGUUUUAGCCUUUUGGAAGCUUAAGGAGCUUCAUACUUGGGCUGAUUUUAGCUUGAUUGUGGAUAUAAUGGAAGCUGUAGAUAAUAACUUCAAUGAGGCAUCUACUUAUUUAAACAAAAUGGUUUCUAGUGACAAUGUUGAGAUCUGUAACGAGAUGAGCACCUUAGGACUGCAUUCUGCUGAUGGACUAUCGUGCUAUGGGAAGAAUGAUGUAACUAUAUCAUUAGGAAGAACUGUUAAUAAUCCCAUCCCUAGUUCCACACUAAAGGAUGUGCAAGACAUGCAUCAAAAUAUUAAUGAUAAAUUGUUUGAAAAUAAUUAUCAUGAAAGAAAUUUCUUUCACAAUGUUGGAAAUCCAAAAAUAGCUCUUUAUUGCUCAAAGUCUGCUCCUAUUGAGCCCGAGUGGGAAGAAGAUGAUAUUUACCUGAGCCAUCGGAAAGAUGCUAUAGCAAUGAUGAGGUCUGCAUCUCAACAUUCAAGGGCAGCCACUAAUGCCUAUCUUCGGAAGGAUCAUGCUUCAGCCAAGUAUCAUUCAUCAAGGGCUCAAGAACAAUGGCUAGCUGCAAAAAUGUUAAAUGCUAAGGCAGCCAAUGAAAUUUUACAAACAAGGAAUAGUGAAAAUGGGCUCUGGAAGUUGGACCUACAUGGGCUUCAUGCAGCAGAGGCUGUUCAAGCCUUGCAAGAUCACUUGCUGAAAAUCGAAACUCGGAAUGCCUCCAAUCGGUCGUUGUCGCCAAAGAAAGCUGAAAGGAAGGGUUUCCAUCGUGUUUCAUCCCUUGAGUAUCUUAGUUGUAUGGGCGUAAAGUUGGACAAAGAAUUACAAUCACCAUUACCUAGGCAUAGGCCGACAUCAUUGGAAGUCAUAACAGGAAUAGGUAAACAUAGCAGGGGGGAGGCUGCUCUACCAAAGGCCGUGACAAGUUUUCUUAGUGAAAAUGGGUACCGUUUUGAACAGUUGAGGCCUGGAACGAUCAGCGUUCGCCCAAAGUUUCGUAGGUAAAUGAGUACCCCUUAUUAGUAAUAGCUUCAAAGUUAUUCAGUCAGAACGUAGAUUAGAGUCGUUGGAGGUUGGGUAAGUGAAACGUGUAAAAUGACUGAAAACGUUCGUUAUUUAGAAGGAGCUCGGUAGGAUUGAUUGUUAACCACAUUACUGCAUUGUUAUUUUGUUGUCUUUCCUGGAAAAGAUGGCACCUAGGAAGAAGAGGUUAGAAGAACUCUGGAAUCCUGGGAUUGUAUUCUAUUAUGAUUCAUUAUGGCGAUUGCACUAGUUGAGUCUACUUCUCUAAUCUAUUGAAAAUAUAAUAAGCUGAUUUGCUAA